AUGGCUCAAGUACAUAUGGCACACCGGCUCCUGGAACGAGCACAUCCACCAGAAACUGCAGAGCAGCUUUUCGCGGACAAGGUCAAACAUCGGCCUCUCUUCUUGCGCCCAACGUCUCCCACUCCAUCUGACAAUCGAUCACGGCGCCGGAUGCAGCGUAUACGAAAGAAGGAAUAUUAUCUACGCAAGCAAAAGCCAAAACCUCUUUCCGCACGUGAGAAGAGAGACCUGGGAGUCCACAAAUUACCCAAGGAAGAAAUGAAAUAUGAAAUAUUCAGGGGCUUGAAUCGGCUGUGGACCGAGUAUAUGUGGCAAGUCCUAGACCUGGUUCCGCGAUCAGCUUCAGAUUCAACAGGAAAAACGCCAACUCCGGCCAUGGAGAAAAGCAAUCGAAUAACCGCCGCGAGCCACGGAAGCAAACUGGCAAGUGCUGAUUUCCAUGGCGCAGACAUCCAAGUUGUGCGUAGCCGGUGCGUGAGCCGCGUUGGCCUGAGGGGGAUUGUUGUCAGAGACACGAAGUUUGCAUUUGUACUGAUUACGGAGAAAAGUGAAGUGAAGACUAUUCCAAAGGAACAUACAAUAUUCAGAUUUGAGAUACCUCACCCCUCUGAUCCUAAUACAGAGGCUCGGACGGGCUUUGAGGCGAAAAAUUUUGUUUUCGAGAUACAUGGGAACCAAUUUGAAAACCGUGCUCCGGAACGAGCCAACAAGAAGUUUAAAUGGAAGAACCUGGACUAUCUGUGA